AUGUUCCGUCGUCCGGGUGCUGGGCGCUCCAAGGCUUCAGCAGAUACCCUCUGUCAGAAGUGCCUCAAGAGAGGACAUUACAGUUACGAGUGCAAGGCAUCUGCCCAAGAACGCCCAUACAAAUCUCGACCUUCCAGGACACAACAACUACUCAACCCCAAGCUGAAGCCCAAGCUUACCACCGAAGUACCCCAAGAUCUGCUGCGCAAGAAGGGCGUCGCAGAUGAGAUCCUGAAGAAGAAGGAAGAGGAUCGCAAGCGCGCGCGGUCACUCUCUGCAUCAUCUGCCGACUCUGUCUCCACCAUCUCAACAAACCGCUCCCGCUCCCGCUCACGAUCUCCACCACGACGGAAGCGCAAUGCACCAAGACAUCGAAGAGACGACAAUGACAAGGAGCUGCAAUGCCAGAGGAAGAGCACCACGAAGCAUGAGUGGCAGUAUCAGGUCACGAAGCAGAAGCGCAAGAAGAGAUAG